AAACAUCAUUGUUUCAGUUCAGCUUAUCUCUGCUCUCCCAAAUAUCCUGUUUCUUCGAGCUGCGCGUCCAGAACCAAUAGAAAGCUCUUCCUGCUGCGGCUGACUUCACUUCCAGCUUUAGCACAAUCUCAUCCGCUCCGAACCGCUCGGCAGAACCACACACACACACACACACACACACACACACGGAGCGGUGCGAGGACGGCCGUCCGGCUCCAGCAUGGCCAGCACCAUCAAGGAGGCGCUGUCGGUGGUGAGCGAGGAUCAGUCUUUAUUCGAAUGUUCAUACGGAGCGUCUCAUUCUAAGGACAUGACGGCCUCCGCCGCUGGUGAAUACGGUCCGAGCAAACUCAGUCCCAGAGUGCAUCAGCAGGACUGGCUAGCUCCGCCCACCGGACGCAUCACCGUCAAGCUGGAGGGCGGAGUCGGAGCUCAGGUGAACGGAUCCAGGUCUCCUGAUGUGUGUGCUGCGGUGAAGGGGAAGGUUUCUCCAGUGAUGUACAGCAGCUUUAUGGAGGACAAACACACAGUUCCUCCAAACAUGACCACCAGCGAGCGCAGAGUGAUCGUCCCUGCAGACCCGAGCCUGUGGUCAGCGGAUCAUGUCCGUCAGUGGCUGGAGUGGGCGGUGAAGGAGUACGGUCUUCCUGAGGUGGACCUGGCUCUCUUCCACAGCAUCGACGGGAAGGAGCUCUGCAAGAUGAGCAAAGACGACGUCCAGCGACUGACCAGCAGCUACACGGCCGACAUCCUGCUGUCCCACCUGCACUACCUCAGAGAGACUCCACUUCCUCACUUGACUUCAGAUGAUGUUGACAAAGCCUUGCAAAACUCCCCGCGGUUAAUGCAUGCUCGCAAUACAGGAGGAGCCAGCUUCAUCUUCCCCAGCGCUCCGGUCUAUCCUCCAGACGCUCCUCGAGGAGCCCGAGCCGACCUGAGCUUCGACGCCCGCCGCUCCGGAUGGACUCCACCGGCCGCAGCUAAAGUUCCUCAGAGUCCUGUCAUCAUGAGUAAAUCUGAAGAGCAGAGAGCUCAGUUAGAUCCGUAUCAGAUUCUCGGGCCGACGAGCAGCAGGCUGGCCAAUCCAGGCUCGGGUCAGAUCCAGCUGUGGCAGUUCCUCCUGGAGCUUCUCUCCGACAGCUCCAACUCGUCCUGCAUCACGUGGGAAGGAACCAACGGCGAGUUCAAGAUGACGGAUCCGGACGAGGUGGCUCGGCGCUGGGGCGAGAGGAAGAGCAAGCCCAACAUGAACUACGACAAGCUGAGCCGGGCCCUGCGCUACUACUACGACAAGAACAUCAUGACCAAAGUGCACGGCAAGCGCUACGCCUACAAGUUCGACUUCCACGGCAUCGCCCAGGCCCUGCAGCCGCAUCCGCCCGACUCCUCCAUCUACAAGUACCCGGCCGAGCUGUCCUACAUGAGCUCGUACCCGCACCCGCAGAAGAUGAGCUUCGUGUCGCCGCACGCCCCGGCCGUGAGCGUGGCGUCGCCCGGGUUCUUCAGCGGCCCGGGGCCGUACUGGAGCGCUCCGGCGGCGGGGAUCUACAGCGGCCCUCGACACCCCGCCGCUCACAUGCCCUCGCACCUGGGCUCCUACUACUAGCCUGCAGAGAGCCCACCGCCGGACACAUCAGGGCUGCACCAUAAACAUCUCAUCAGUGAAGCGCUCCUCAGAUCAAACCAUAAAAACACCGCAAAACAUUAUUCUCUUGCUUAGUGCUCUUAGUGCUACGAUGUUAAAAAACAUCAACAUUUUGGUUCGUUUUUCCUUCAAACGAGCAAAAAUAUCUUCCAGUGGGACGAGAAAAAUAAUCUCCUUCAGCCUUUAAAUUAAGAUUAUAUUUCUUGCCCCAUUGGAGACAAUCGACUAAAUUUAGAUUUUAUUUUUUUAUUUUUUACUGUUUAAGAUGUCGUGUAGGAAGUACAGAAGACAGUUUAUUAUUGUUAUCUCACAAUUCAGAUUUUUUUCUCAGAAUAUAGAAAUAUAAACGUCCAGUUAUAAAGUGAGAUAUAUAAAGCUCUGAUUGUGAUAGUCCCGUUUCCUUUAUAUAGUCAGAUUUAGAGGGAAAACUGAUAUAUCUCACAAUUCUGACUUUAUAUCUAAUUGUGAUUAUUUCUCAGAAUUGCACAUUUAUUUCAAGCAAUUCUGACUUUAUAACUCACACGAUUUUAUUUCUCAGUUCUGAGGGAACGAGAAGCCGCUUCAUCUCACAGAAGGAUUUAUUCUGAACACUUGACUGCCGUCAUGAAGAGAGUUAUUACUGAAGUCAUUAUCAGGAAGGAUUUCUUCUGAAAGCAGAACCCAGACCCGGCGAGAUGCGCGUCACUAUCGUACGAUUAAUGGUGCAGCCCUGAGAUAAGUGCUUAUUCACGAGUGCCUUAUUGUACAAACAUAUCAGAGAGAGAGAGAGAGAGAGAGAGAGAGAGAGAAGCUGAGAGGAAGAGGAAGACGAGACAGGACCGAGUAUGUGAGAUGAAGAAGAAUGAAGGACCAUAACAUAAUCACGAUUAUUGUGCUUGAAAAAUAUCUUCAUUCGUCAGAUUUCUUGCUGUUUCAUAAAAGCACAGAUCAACUUUAGUCGCAGCAGGAAACCGUAAAAACUUCUUUUGAUUUCAAGCCAUCAGCGACUCGUGUGCACGGUUGCCAGGUUGAGAAAAAUCGAAUAACCACUAGGGUUGCCAAAUCUUCAGAUUUUCUGCAGAAUUGAGCAGCAUUUUACUCUAUAGCUGAGGAUUGUGUUAAAGCGACACUAUUUAGAAAAGAAACAUGACUGGGCUGAUUAGUUCUGAUUAGUUUUUUUUCUUAGACCUGGCAACCGUGUAAACCAGUGGGAAAACUUCUGAUUGGAUUUAAACUCUUUAAAUAUCUGACAUCUGGCAACCGUGAACGCUUCUUACGAAUUCAAUAUUGCAGACAAUUCUGCUUAAAAUUGAGAGAAGCUGAAAUUAAAAUAGGUUUUUUUAAAUGCCACAACUAUAAGAGUGAACACAAAUGAACAGUAAUCCCUUUCAGAUGAUGAACGAUAAACACAAUUAAAUCCACACAAGCGUUUGAAGCGGUGUGUGUUUAUAAUGAGGGACACCCAUACAGUUAUUGUUCUUGAUCUGAACAGACCUCUCUCUAUAUUUAUCAGUAUUACGUCGUUCGUAUGGCAUCAGAAAUUGAUAUUUGCCUUGGAAACGACACAUCUUUGUAUAAAACUGGAAGCUUUCAGAUGUUUUAAUGACCUCAAGCCUUUCAAGACGAGGUGCAUUUAUAUGAACCAGUGCCUUACAGAGAGAAACAGAUUUACCAAAGAUACCAGUAUUUCUAUUAUUAUUAAUUAUUAUGACGACGAUCAGAGUCGCAAACGCUGUGCGUUUGUUAGAUUGAAGUAUACGAGUCAGUGUAUUAAUUCCUUUUAUAUAAUUGAUAUAUAACUUAUGCAUUUAAACACUACGAGUUGAUCUCAGCCAGCAGAGGCUCGUUCAGAGUCCAGGGAGUGUGUGUGUCGUUUCACGCUGGACUGCUGCGGACAUCCGCUCCUCACGAGCCCUGACGCUCGGCAUUCUGGACAAAGGGAAGAAAACAUAUAUUUAGAUAAAUUAUAUGGUUUUCAACUGAAUCAUUUCAAUAAACUAUUUUCAACAAC